AUGACAACCGAACAAUCCUCCCUUCCAGCUCACCUGGACCCAAAAACUUAUCCCCGCGCCCUCCACGACCCAACACAAAAUAUCCACCUAACACUCACCUACUCUCCCCUCGACGCAAACACCUCUCUAGCACAAACCUCUUCCCCAGAAGCAGGCGCAAAUGUGCUUUUCCUCGGUACAACACGAGAUACUUUCGAGGGUCGCGCUGUCUCUCAGCUCAGCUAUACAUGCUACCCACCUCUAGCGCUGAAAACGCUCACUGCGAUCGCCGAAGAAGCUAUCAAGACACAUAAUCUAAAGGGUGUAAGCAUUUCACAUAGAAUGGGUAUCGUUCCUAUCGGGGAGGCAUCCAUUGCUAUUGCGGUUAGUGCGGGACAUCGGGGUGCGGCUUGGAGGGCCGGGGAGGAGGUUCUAGAGGCUUGCAAGGAGAAAGCAGAGAUUUGGAAACGAGAGGAGUUUCUUGAUGGGGGAAUGGAGUGGAGGGCCAAUGCUGAUCGGGAUGCGGAGGGAAAGUUGGUUCAAGAGGAUUCCUGA